AUGAGGGCCACAAGCCUGAUUGGUACCCUGCUCUGGGUCACGGCAACGAUCCACUCGACCCUGGUCUCCGCGUCGACCUCACCCGAAGCACUGGCCCCUCUCGGCGUCAUCGGUUCGGACGCACAGCACGCGGCCGCCAAACGCCACCUCGAACAGAGUAAAUCUCACCAUCGACGACUACGGAUGUCGACUCCGCCGCAUACCGAGCCGUUGAAGAGCCGGGAUGCGGGUACGAGCGGGAAUUCGACGACGGGCGCGAAAACGGAAAUGCACUCGCUCGCCAAGCGAGGUUCCUUCUCCGGCAGGGCAUCCUUCUUCGAUCCUGGUCUCGGUGCUUGCGGUACACAUUCAAAAUCGAGUGAUUUUGUAAGUGCUUCGUGAAGAGAUGUCGUGGCCGAAUAUGUGGUUCAUCAUGCCGAGGAACUGAUUUUUCAUUGCUCGCUCCGGUCAUCAGAUGGUCGCGCUGAAUCAGGCGCAGUACGGAGAUCUCGGAGCCGUGUCAUCGUGGUGCUUCCAGACUAUUACCAUCACAUAUGGUGCGUCGGAUCCGCCUAAUCGGACUUGGAACCAGAUCACUGACUCGAAGUGGAAAAUCUUAUUUCUGUCUCCUCAGGUGGCAAGAGUACACAAGCUCAGGUCGUACGUCGCUAGGAACUGGGCAAACUUGGAGUGUAUAUCGUGUGAGAAAGAGCAAAGAAAGGGCACUGACCUCUCUUCACAUAAACCCCUAUCCUCCUGGUCCACAGCUUGACGCUUGCCCGUAAGUUCCACCUCUCCGUCCUGACGAGCCAACCGCUGACACGACUCUCUCUCUUCUCAUGCUCCAUCAUCAGUGGAUGUCCCUAUGGCGGUCUCGACAUGUCACCGGGUCUGUUCAACUACUUUGCGAACCCGUCCGUCGGUAUCUUCUACAUGAGUUGGUCGAGUGGCGGAUCGGCACCCAAGUCGAAAACGACGACGACGACCACCACCAUCACCACAACAACAACAACAACAACAGCCGUCAGGACGACGACGACCACCACCACCACAAGUGCGUACAUUGGUUUCUUAAACGAGUAAGUCUGGGGCCGCAACUCACAUGCGUCUCGUCUUUUGUGUGCAGCAACCACGACCACUACCACGACGACCCCUGUGCCGACUACGACACAAGCUUUCACAACGUCGGUCAUUGCGUGAGUAUUCCCGCCCGUCCACACGUCCCCAGGACAUUGCACUGACGAGAAAUCUGUUAUUUCUUUUCUUUCUUCAGUCACAGCAACACCACAGUUGCAACAACGUACGUACCGGUUUCUUGCACGAACUUUUCAGACCGCUUCGCUAAUCAGUCUUCUUCACCCAAGCAGAUCACCGACAGCAAACUCGACCACAUUAGCGGCCCCUUCAAGUGCAGCAAAUGCAACCGUCGCAGCCACUUCAACAUCUGCCUCGAUCGACCCCAGUGCGACGGGUGCCUCCUCCACGUCUUCGGAUGCGGAUCCGACGUCGGAGCCAGCGACUUCGAACCUCGACACGAUCUCGCAGCUCGUUUUGGCGAUGGGCAACCUGGCCGCCGCUGCUGUGCAAGCGAACGCCUAG